CCAGCUCAACCCACGCACAGUCGGUGGCGAAUUUUUAAUUUUAAAAUUUUAAAUUAUCUUAAAUUAUAUAAGUACAUUUUGCAUUGUCAUGUAUCUACUUUACAGUUCGAUUAUUUAUUUGAUAUAUUUUAACUACUUUCACUUGCAGGUUACUUAGGUAUCAAGUAGUUACACAAGACCCCUCAAGCAUGAAAUGAUGUUUUCACUCUCAUCAUUAUUAAAUAAAGAAUCUUAUUUACUUAAUUAUUAUCAAACUCGUUUUCCUUCCGGAAAAAGAUGAAAAAGAAUACCACGUUUUCAGAGCAGUUGAACAGUUGGAUAUUCUGAGCGUCAGUUAACAGAAAGGUGUCAUCUUUUCGUAUUUUUGUAACAGCCAUUGUGAAAUUUGAGAGACAAACAGCCUCUACAUAUAUUUUUAUAUCUUCUUUGAUUAAUUUUUUGGUUAAGCUGUGGUAAAUUUGUUUUAUUUCCCAUAUUUAGAGGACAAAAAUUGAGCUUAAUAUGGAAGACUUAACAAGACAUAUUUUCGGAUUUAUCAUGCUGGUCAUUUUCUCAAAGGCAACAGCUCAAAAUCUCUCAUUGCUCCCAACCAUCAGCUUUGCUCAAACCUGUACGGCGUCAGACGGCACCACUUAUAACGUCGGUGACGAAUGGAUGCCCACUCCUUUUAAUUUAUGCCGAUGCGUCGCACCACUUUCCAUCCAGUGCACGUUGAUUUUUAGGUGCGCUGAUAACCAUGGAAACACAAAAAAUCCUGGUGACCAGUGGUUACAGAGCCCAACAAUCAGUUGUACCUGUAAUCAAGGAAACUUGGUAGCAUGCACUACUUUAAAACAGCCCGUUUGCAUGGAUGGCAACGGAAACUUUAGGAAGGAUAAAGAAACGUGGACUAACGGUUCUUGCGUGCACUGCACGUGCAUUCUUGGUAGCAUAAACUGCACUGGUUACCAUGUCAAUAUUACUCAUGGGUUGUACAGUGUCAAUUCAUAUCCAACCUGUGAAGGGUGUGAAGUCAUGUCUAGAACGCAGGGUGCCCUAAGUUCAUGCAGAGCAUAUCAUGACCUCUCUACAAAAGAGAAGCUGUUCCAAUGUGCAAGUCGGGGAUCCUUUAUUCACAAAAGUCACCAGUGCAACAGAAUUUAUGAAUGCCCGGAUAAGUCAGACGAAAACGACUGCGAAAAUGGUAUUUUGCUGAGGAGAUUUUUCACUAAUCUUUUUUCGUACUUUAAUAAGCUUUUGCAAUUGCCCUUGUCUGACUGCUCCGUUUGUAGAGACAAUGAGGGCGGUGUCUAUCUCAUAAAAGAUAAAAACGGUUGGCCAGUUUCUCAAUGUAUGAAGUGUUACUGCAAAGGAGGGCUGCUGACAUGCAGCAGACACUUCAAAAUAAACUUCCCGGGCUAUCUCAGUGGUAUCUAUACGCACCAUGAAGACUGCAAUCAACCUUUAUGCAACGUCGCCAAGUUUAUACGAGAAAAUGGAAAUGAUUGCGAAGGCUUGGAAUUUAUCCAGAAUAAAGGUGUUUAUCUAAAAGGCCAAACAUGGAAAUCUGACGGAUGUCAGUUUUACUUUCCUGGCGCCAACGCUGACCCGCUAAACAUUUGUCCAGCUAUGACCAGACCUGACUGUUAUGUCUACAAUGGAGCUGUGUGCUGUGCAUCUGAGUGUCCAGUCUUGCCGCAGAUUGCACACCAAUUGAGAGCGAACCUUACUUUGUGUCGCAGUGGCCGUCAGCUUGUGUCAGAUGGCUUGAACUGUAACGACGCUGGUCACUGCCUGAAGAACUUUCACGUCCAGAAUUGUUCGUCAGGUAUCACCUGUCGCGAUGAGGACUCCAUCCAGUAUUUCGAGGGUGCCACGUGGUCUGUUGGCAGUUGUAUUCAGUGCAGCUGUACUCAGGGCAAGAUUCGCUGCAAAAGGGAGCUCUUGCUGGUCUCAUUUCUCCAGCUUGGGGUUUUCCUGUGUGAGAGUGGUGACGAGAUAAGAUCCCUUGGGGACAGGUGUGAUGUCAAGAAAGAUUGUAACGAUCACUCAGACGAACGAAACUGCAGUCAGUCAAAUCUCAACGAUACUAACUUCCUGAAUGUGUCAAACGAUCUGGCUACCGCCGCAGAGAACGGGGAUUUCAUGAAUAUCCGGUUGUUUCAUGAUCUGUUCAAAGAUUUGUUUUACAAUGUAACGCGGUUACUUACACCACUUACUCUGCAAAAUGCUGAUAAAGCACUGCAAUACUGUAAGAAUUUCAUCCAAACUCUGCUAUCAUCUCCGAUUUACGGGCAAAAGUCGUCAUUUUGCCUUAAACCGAAAUUGGCUCAUGAUCGAAACUUUCAUAUCAAUAGAGCAUUAGAGUUUCUACGUCAGGCUCCUAACAAUACUGACGCCUUCGAGUAUGGCCAGAAGGGAUUUUAUCCAGUCAAGGAUAUUGGUUACAGUAGCGAGGCGCAUAUCGUGGAUAACUUCCGGAUAAUCGUGCCAGAUCUUCACCCCAUUAUAAUGAGACAAGAGCUAUCUCUUCAGUUAAACACCGCUAAGCUCUUACCAAGAGAGGUAGAAAAACCUAUCUCCGUACCUGUCGAUAAAAGCAACACCACUGGUAACGUGACAACAGCAAAUGGAACAAGAGCUAAUACCACCGGCGCUUCCAUUGAAAAUGUGAAUAACGAGCUUACAGAUGAGGAAAUACGCCAUCUGCUGCGGGCUAACAACUGCACGAAUCUAACGUUUGAUGAGGAGAUCGGGGCCGUCGUUUAUAACAAACGGAUAUCUAAUGAAUAUCAAAGGCACAUAGAAAUCCAAACUAACAUGGAACUAGUGCUAAUGUGUAUUUCUACGGCAGCAGUGCUUUUGGCCCUAAUACUAUUGACGGCGUUAAAGUUAAAGAGUUCAGAGAGGUUGUUUAUACACAAGAGUCUCCUAUUGUCUCUGGCACUUGGACAUCUUGUGUAUAUUAUGGAUAAGACUUUGUUUGAUACAAGAGAAAAACAUGCGGCUUUGUGUUCCGCGCUCACGGCCAUUCAGUAUUUUUUCCACACUGCAAUAUUUACAUGGAUGCUUGUGGAAGGAAUAAAUCUUUACAUCAAGCUGGUUAAAGUGUUUUCAGUGAAGAAGCAAUAUGUGGCAUAUGUGGCCAUGGGCUGGGGAAUUCCUAUUGUUCUCAUGGGGUUCGUGGCUGCUAUCAGUCCGUCCACAUUUGACAUGAGGAAGGCUUCGUAUACAGAUGUAUCAUGUGGAGCUCUUCAACUCACAGCUAAAAAUGAACGACGCAGAUGUUGGAUCAACGGAAGUGUUUGGAUUUACAAAGGACCCAUAUUAGGGAUUCUAAUGGCAAAUACUGUGUUAUUUGCAAUCCUGCUUCGCGUCAUAUUUGGAAAAAUAUCUACUAGAUACGGCAAUGAUCAUAUGCAAGCUACAAAGAAGGGUAUCAGAAGUAUCGUGGCCUUGCUCCCGUUGCUCGGAGUCACGUGGCUGCUGGGUUUUUUCGGAAUCGUGUUUUUCAUCUUUCAUUGUGUUCUUGACGAAGAGGUAGGGAAAAUCAAGGCAUAA